CAGCGAUGCGAUAUAUCCGCUUUCUUUCUCCGCCAUUUUAUGUCUCUUUUCUAUUGUUCAUAAUUGAAGUUAGCAGGGGCGGCGGAGCGAUUUACUGCGCAUUAAAACAUUUUUGGAUAUUGCUCAGUGGACAUCAGCAAAAUAGGAUAAAGGCGCAAGAAUCCAAGGUCAUCAUAGAAUACGACACACGUGGAUUUUUCUCUCAGGGUUCGAUCUCUCACUCGGUCGGAAAAUAUGAUGGACGACGAAACACCCAAGACCCUGUAUGUGGGGAACCUGUCCCGGGAUGUGACCGAAGCCCUCAUCAUGCAGCUGUUCGGCCAGAUCGGCCCCUGCAAGAGCUGUAAAAUGAUAGUAGAUACGGCAGGUAAUGACCCAUACUGCUUUGUGGAGUUCUACGAACACAGGCACGCUGCCUCGUCACUCGCAGCCAUGAACGGUCGUAAAAUAAUGGGUAAGGAGGUCAAGGUGAACUGGGCAACAACCCCUAGCAGCCAGAAGAAAGACACAAGCAAUCACUUCCACGUUUUCGUUGGAGACCUCAGUCCUGAAAUCACCACGGAUGACAUCAAAGCUGCUUUCGCCCCCUUUGGGAGGAUAUCUGAUGCUCGGGUGGUGAAAGACAUGGCUACUGGCAAAUCUAAAGGCUAUGGCUUUGUGUCCUUCUUCAACAAAUGGGAUGCAGAGAAUGCCAUCCAACAGAUGGGAGGUCAGUGGUUGGGAGGACGGCAGAUCAGGACGAACUGGGCCACCAGGAAGCCCCCUGCGCCCAAAGCCACCUACGAGACAAACACCAAGCACCUGUCAUUUGAAGAGGUUGUGAACCAGUCCAGCCCCAGCAACUGUACCGUCUACUGUGGAGGAGUCACAACAGGACUCACAGAGCAACUGAUGAGGCAGACCUUCACGCCCUUCGGCCAGAUCAUGGAGAUCAGAGUUUUCCCAGACAAAGGCUACUCAUUUGUGAGGUUCAACUCCCACGAGGGAGCGGCCCACGCCAUAGUGUCAGUGAAUGGAACGUCCAUAGAUGGUCACGUGGUGAAGUGUUACUGGGGGAAAGAGACCACAGACAUGGUCAGCCCCAUGCAGCAGGUACAGAUGCCUCAGGUAAGACCGCAGCAGAACAAAAUCGGGUUUGCAGCGCAGCCCUACGGCCAGUAUGCCCAGUGGUACGGUAACGCCCAGCAGAUUGGCCAGUACGUCCCAAACGGGUGGCAGGUGCCCACCUACGGCGUCUACGGACAGGCCUGGAACCAGCAGGGAUUCAAUCAUUUACAGGCGGGUGCAGGGUGGACGGGCGUGGGAGCAGUCAGUAACGGAGGCGUGGUGGAGCCUGGACAGGGAGUCAACGGGACUGUGCUGGCCAACCAGUCCGGCAUGGGCACCGCUGGCUACCACACCCACUGAUCAGCGCUGGCCCGGCGGCCCAGCAUCGGCCUCCUACCCUCCACAACAGGGAUCCUAUAAAGGGGGUGGGGGGGGGGACCAUCAUGUGCCCCGUCUUUUACAACAUGAUUAAGAACUCUAUGGCGGGGAGGGGGGGUUCCCCUGUCCGUCCCCCCACCCAACCUGGUUUUUACAUGUACGUUUUAAGGUGGAGAAGAGGAGGAGGAAAAGCUUGUGUGUCAAUGGCAAUAGAGUUGCCUAGUCCUGGUAUAUAAGAUACACACGUGUGUGUGUGUGUUAUAUAUAUAUAUAUAUGCGCAUACACACACCCAUGUACACACACACCCAUGUACACACACCUACAAAGGUCUUUGGCCCGGUGUCAGAUCGACUGACUCAUGAAUCAAAAAGGACUAUGCCAUUUUUAAUUAAAAAGUACUAUUAAAUGAAUAAAAUACAUGAUAAUGACUUAUUUUGGAUUUGCUUUUUCUCGUUUGUUUGUUUAGAACGAUUUCAACUGCUGAUAUCGUUAAGAAACGAGCUUUGCCUUUUUGUUGUUUUGUUUUGGGACUGUCAUUUUAAAGAAAUGUUUAAAGCAAUGACACCAUGGAAUCAUGUGAAAUGUAAGAACCUUUUUUGUUUUUUAUGUUUAUAAAAAAUGAAUCAAAUGGAUGUCAACUGUUGUAUUUUUUUUUUUUUAAUUUCAAUAUCUCAACUAAGAAACAAUUGCAGGGAUUACUGCCACUGUUCAUCUUUCUUUUAAAGGCAGACAAAUAUUGCACAAUACUAUUACUUAGUUACCUUUUCACAAAAUUUGAUGUUACACAAAUUCUAGGUAUUUUGAAUUGUUUUGCAUUCCACUUUUUUCCUUUUGAAACUUUUCUUUUAGGAGGGCUUACGUACGUACAUAUACUAUUUUGUAUGUAAAUAACCAAACAAAGUCUAUUCAACUGUUCUGAAGCUGUAUAGAGGGGGAAAAAACCUCGUGUUAAUUAUGGAAGCUUGCUUGCUUUUUUUGACAGGCGGGGCAGGGCUGGGGAUCAUUAAUCUAGACUGGGGCAUAUUAGCGUCACUGUUAAAUGCUGGUCCAUGAUGAUGUAGGGACAGUGCAACAUUUGAUUCUUCCAGGGGCCUGAGGAGAGCGAUCUGCAGUGCAAAAAUGAUCUAGACUGAAAAGUAAUGUAGAAUUAAAGUAAUUCUGUGUAUAAAACUUAAAUAUUGACCUUUUUUUUAUGACAAAGUAGUAAAUAGUUAUCAAUCGUAAAAAUAAACUUCAAUGGAUCAUAAUUUUGCACUGUGCCCCCCCUCCCCCCAUGGAGUUCUUUAAAUAAUACAGUUGGAUGAGACCCAUUGUGUUGCCUUAUUUUGAGUUAAUUUAAUUUUAACCAACCAAUUAUCGUAGAGUAGGCAGUGCCUAAGGAUAGACCUUAUGUUUUGAGGCAGUGUUUUUUUUGGGGGGGGGGAUGUUGCUGAUGCUAUAACGUGUUCUUGCUUUGUCCCAUUAAAAUGCUGAUGUGUAUAAACACUGCUUGCGGAAACUUA